UUUAUAAGCUCGUUUUUCAGCCGGAUACACAACAGCCGAGAGGCGCUCACAGACUGCUUUUUGGGAAAGGCGAUAACAUAACUCCAAAUGAGGAUUUCAAUAUUCACUCGUAUCGCCCGGGACAAGGAGUGAUUUCCCCCCGGUACACUCAUCUCUGCGCGGACAGACCGGGAGGAAAGGAUCCAGAUUUAGAGACUUUCUCAAGUUUCCAAUGCCAGGGACCGGAGUUUGAAGCCAACUCCAGGCUUCCAACAAACAUAUCUACCUUUUUACGCAAGAAGAAACACGUGAAGAAGAUGGCGAGGGUCUGCACGUUCUGUGUUUUUCUGCUUUGUUUGAUGGAAACAGUCUCGGCCAGAGUCAUCGAUGAAGGAAGGACUAAAGGUCUGCAGGUUUCCAGGCCUCUGAUUAACCCAGGUUACCCAGAAAACACUACAGCUGUGGUGGGCGGUCAGGCGAAGCUGGUGUGUAAAAUCCACCGGCCGGCGUCCACCAAGGUGCAGUGGCUGAAGGCGGAGGUCAGCGAGAGCGUAACACCUACUCUCAGGGCUCUAACGCCUUUGCAGAUCAAUGCAUCAAAGCUCAACACUUUGCACCUGUCCAACAUCACUCUGGAGGAUGCAGGAGAGUACCUCUGCAUGGCUGAAGGAUCUCAUGCAGGACAGACAGUGCAGGCCAUGCAGGCGGCGUGGCUGGACGUCCUGCCUGGUAUCAUCCUUUCUAAAACUGAGGACUUGACUGUUGCUGAAAUCCCAUCAGAUGUUAUUGAGGACCUGAGUGAGGACACCACCGAGCAUCUUCUGAUCGAUCCGGGAAACGUCCUGAAGCUGCGCUGCGAUGCGAGCACCCGGCCCGGCAUGGCGGUCACAUGGUACAGGGAGGGGGUCCGAGUUCAGGCCACGCCUCGCUGCCAGAUCCGAGGCACCAUCAUGGAGAUCACAGACGUCACGUAUGAGGACUCUGGCGUUUAUGUCUGUGUUCUCCGGGGAACCAAAGAGCCUGUGAGGAACUUCACCAUCACUGUAGCAGACUCUAUGGGGUCAGGGGAUGACGAUGAAGACAAUGAUCUGGAGGACUCAUCAGCUGAGAUCGAAAACGACCAGGUUUACAUCUCAAGAGGUCCCUAUUGGACCCACACCCAGCGCAUGGAGAAGAAGCUGUACGCUGUUCCUGCAGGAAACACGGUGAAGUUUCGUUGCCCGGCUAUGGGAAGCCCCUUGCCGAGCAUCCGCUGGCUCAAAAACGGACGAGAGUUUAGAGGCGAGCACCGCAUCGGGGGCAUCAAGCUGAGACACCAGCACUGGAGCCUUGUGAUGGAGAGUGUGGUGCCUUCAGACAGAGGAAACUACACCUGCAUGGUGGACAACAAAUAUGGAUCCAUCACUCACAGCUACGUUCUCGAUGUCCUCGAGCGUUCCCCCCACAGACCCAUCCUGCAGGCCGGUCUCCCCGCCAACACCACAGCGGUGGUGGGCAGCGACGUCCAGUUCCACUGCAAGGUCUACAGCGACGCCCAGCCUCACAUCCAGUGGCUCAAACACAUCGAGAGGAACGGCAGCCGCUACGGUUCAGAUGGGACGCCCUACGUUCGAGUCCUCAAGACCGGCAGUCUGAACAUGUCCGAGGUGGAGGUGCUCUACCUGGCUAAAGUCACCAUGGAGGACGCAGGAGAAUACACGUGUCUGGCUGGAAAUUCAAUUGGAUUUGCUCACCAGUCCGCCUGGCUCGUCGUCCUUUCAGAGGAGGAAGCAGCAGACGCUCUGGACACCAUGGAGACCAAGUACACCGACAUCAUCAUCUACGCCUGUGGUUUCCUGGCUCUCAUCAUGGCCAUCGUCAUCGUGGUGUUGUGUCGAAUGCAGGUUCACCCCAGAAGGGAGCCGUUUGACGCACUUCCCGUCCAGAAGCUCUCCAAGUUUCCUCUUCGCAGACAGUACUCGGUGGACUCUAACUCAUCGGGGAAGUCCAGUGCGUCUCUGAUGAGGGUCGCUCGCCUCUCGUCCAGCUGCUCUCCGAUGCUCGCUGGAGUCAUGGAGUUUGAGUUGCCCUACGACCCCGUCUGGGAGUUCCCCAGAGAGAAUUUAACGUUGGGUAAACCUCUAGGAGAAGGCUGCUUUGGUCAGGUGGUCAGAGCCGAUGCUUACGGCAUCAACAAGGACUCUCCGGAUCCCGCCUCAACUGUGGCGGUUAAGAUGCUCAAAGACGACGCCACCGACAAAGACCUUGCAGACCUGAUCUCGGAGAUGGAGCUGAUGAAGGUGAUGGACAAACACAAGAACAUCAUCAAUCUGCUUGGAGUCUGCACACAGGAUGGCCCUCUGUAUGUGCUGGUGGAGUACGCCUCUAAAGGCAGUCUGAGGGAGUACCUGCGGGCGAGGAGACCCCCGGGCAUGGACUACACCUUUGAUGUGACCAAGGUGCCUGAAGAGCAGCUCACCUUCAAAGACCUGCUGUCCUGCGCCUACCAGGUGGCCCGAGGGAUGGAGUACCUGGCGUCAAAAAGGUGCAUCCACAGAGAUCUGGCAGCCAGGAACGUUCUGGUGACGGAGGACAACGUGAUGAAGAUCGCUGACUUCGGCCUGGCCAGAGGAGUCCACCAGAUCGACUACUACAAGAAAACCACCAACGGACGUCUGCCGGUGAAAUGGAUGGCACCCGAGGCUUUGUUUGACAGAGUUUACACACACCAGAGCGACGUGUGGUCUUUUGGCGUGUUAAUGUGGGAGAUCUUCACGCUAGGUGGCUCUCCGUACCCCGGUAUCCCCGUCGAGGAACUCUUCAAGCUGCUGAAGGAAGGACAUCGCAUGGACAAACCCUCCAACUGCACACAUGAACUCUACAUGAUGAUGCGAGAGUGCUGGCAUGCGGUUCCCACCCAGAGGCCGACCUUCAAACAGCUGGUGGAGGAGCUGGACAAAGUGCUGCUGUCCAUCUCUGACGAGUACUUGGACCUGUCGACGCCCUUCGAGCAGUAUUCCCCGUCGUGCGAGGACACGUCCAGCUCCUGCUCCUCUGACAACGACUCUGUUUUUACCCAUGAUGCCUUGCCCACCGACCCCUGCCUCCUGGGAUACCAAGACGUGCGCAACCGGAUAGACAUAAAGAAGACGCUCACAUAAACUCACCCACACACACAAAGACAUGAACACUACAACACAUCCCCUGGCGGCCAUAUUGGAGGUCCUCAGCUAAGUUAAGUUAAAGUUUAUAUUCAUGAAGUUUUCCUUGGACCUCCAUUAGGGCACCAGAUUAAGCCUUUAGAUAUAGACGAGCCUCAUCACACAUAAAGAAACAUGUAUGCACGCGGAGCACUGAGGCGUCAUUACAAGAUGAAGGAACACGUUUCAUUGAGGGCAAAGAAAGAGAGGACAAACAAAACGUGGUACUUUGGACUAUCAGCUCUGGCACUGUGCACAAGAACAGUUGUUAUCGUUGGAAAACUGCGGCACUAAACACCACAGAAGAAGACAAAAUCGCCUCGAAAUGCUUUCUUUGAUCAAGUUUCCCUCAGAGAGGUGACGGACAAUGACCUCCUCACACAACCCAAAACCAGGCGAGAAAGCUCGGUGGUAAAGACAUUUUUAUCAAACAAAAAAAAGAUUUAUUUUGCUACGGUAAAAAAAGAAGAAAGUGAUUGUUAAAUAUAAAUCUCUCUAUAUAAGAUUAUUUUACUUUUGUGUUGCUUAUUUAAAAAGAAAAAACAGUCUUAAAUCUCAGGAUCUCUUGUGCUAAGAAGUUGCUGUAGCGGCAGCAAAGUGCCUGAAUUUACGAUUUCCUGUGAAUAUAUUAGAAUAUUAAAAUAUUGUAUGUAAAUAUCAACAGCAGAAAAAAGACGAUUGCCUUUUAUAAAUUAUUUUGAUGACACAAAAAAUGAAGGUUAUUGGAGGGCGAAAGGAGAGAGGAAUUUUAAUCAAGUGCCAAACCUGUCUCAGCUGUCGUGUUUCAUUCCAAAAUAUUCAAUUCAGAAAAAAGAUUUGUACCCAAUUGUCCCAUCAAUUCAAACAUUGGAGUCACCCCAAAAUCCAGAAUAUUUGACGCUGUUAAAAAAUUGCUUUACUUCAGCAAAACGUGCCGAAAAACGACCAACAUUUUGACAGCUCAAACCUCAAAUAUGUGUGGUCAAACAUGAUGGAUUGAGUCUUUAAAAGAUUGUUACGUUUUGGAAUGAAACCCUGUAUUUGUCAUUUGGCCGUAAAUUGUUUUGACUUCAGCCAUCAGUGGUCGAAUACCAGAAGGAUUGUCCUUUCUUGUUGCUGUUGUUGGAGGAAAACCACCAAAAAUGUUCGAAUGCAUCGUUUAAAAAAAGUUCUCCAAGGUCAUCAACAUCAUUGAACAAUCACGUAAACUGUGAGACAACAUCACGUGGGGCUUCCUCCAACAACAGCUCCCAUUGUCACAGACAGUGUGUCCAGACUCUGAGAAGAGGACCAACGAUUCAGCCCAAAUCCACUGUCACUGUCCAAAGGAGGAGGAGGGGUGUGGGGGGGGGGGGGGGAACUGAAUGUGAAAGCCAGUGUGAUUGAUUUCAAAUAGAGGAGAAGGGGGAGGGAGCCUCCUUUGUCUAGCGGUAACCCUUCACCCUCCCAAUCUGCUGGCGAGGGGUCUUCAGGUCCGCAGCCUGCGCGGACAAUGAAGGCUUUGCAGGAUUAAUGGGUGUGACUACGGACCAGAGGGAGCUUUUUUUGUUGUGGGGUGGAGGUGGUGGUGGGGAUAGCUGGGGCUUGUGUGCAAAUGAAGAGGCUCUUAUUAUGGUAAUGUACCCUCUUCUGUCCUAAAAAGCCCCUAUCUGUAUCCCCACAGCAGCCCACCAUCUUUCAAAAUUACACACAUUUUAAUUCAGAUUUGCCACCAGGACCAGCUGCAGAAAAUUCCCAUGUGGGGUAAAACAGCCAAGACUUCGAAAUCUGAACAUUGAGACAAAAUGAGAGAAAGAUAUUUUAACAAAAGAGAUGACAUUGUUUGAAUUGACCGAACACUAUGGAAUGAUUUUGGUUUAAUAUGUGGCUGUUUUACACCCAAGCUGUUUUCCCUCUGGUCCCGUUUCUUGAUCUAAUCAUCGUCCUGUCUGUGAAACCAGUCAACCAUUUCAUCCAUGAAGGAUUUGUGCAUCUUCUCUUCUCAUUUCUUGUUUUUUUUUGUCCAUGCUGUCAAUCAUCUGGUGUCUCAUUUUGGAAUGAAGCUCUUCACAUGCAUAACCACAAAGUGUCCGGACACAUCUGCAUCUUUACAUUCCAGUUAUCUGCUCUCCUCCCAGAUAAAAACUGUAAACAAUCACAGCGUUCUUAAACAUUUCCUCAAGAGAAUUAUUUUAGAAAUAUCUAAUUUAUUUGUUUAUUGUUUUGUUUUUAUAUGAAAUA